UCAAGGUAUUCACAUACAGUGGCAAACAUUGGAAAAUCAAUCAUUUAGAAAAACCCCAAGAAAAAUGAAAACAUUAAAAAUAUGUCAAUUCCAAUUAUUUACCCAAGAGUCCCCCCUUAAUGAAUAAAGGUGGGUAAACGCACGCGCAUCAUGUUUAUUUUAAAAAGAGCCUAUUGCUGAAUGACACCCGUAUCUAUUGAACAGCUAUAAAUUAGGUAGUCAUUUAAGUUUGUGCUUCCAAUAAAGACACGUUGUUUGAUUUUAUGCUUUUUCGGUGCAAGUUCUUUUGAAAAGGAAACAAGAGUGUUGAAAAAAAAAAUGGCUGAGGUAGAAGGAAAUGGAUCAAAUCAGUAUAACAGACACGCACUACCAGAGUUUCUCAAUCAAGAUUUUCUCUUGGAUGUUUUACGAAGCGUGGAAAAUGACAAGGCUCUUGUGAUAACAGAGUGCAACAUAGCUCCUGCAACUAAACCAGGUGAUCAUCAUGGAAGUAUUAUGUUCAGAGCAAAGAUUUCCUAUAAAACAAGAGGUAAAGAUGUAAUAUCCAGAUCAUUUGUCAUUAAAACUAAAUCCGUUGACGAGGAACCGAAGAAGAAAAUGUUGAAGGAAUGUCCUGCUUUUGAAAGAGAAAUCGACAUUUACAUGAAAAUUCUUCCUGAAAUGACACGUAUUAUGGAAUCCAUUGGAGAUCGUGACCAUAUAGCUCCAAGAUUUCUCUAUCACAGUAUGGACCCUUUAGUUCUCAUUUUUGAAGAUAUAACCACAUUUGGUUAUGAGAUGCAUACGGAACUUUGUAAUUUUGAAAAUACCGCCAAAGUCGCAAAGAAAUUGGCCAAAUUCCAUGCACUUUCAUUCUACAUGCACGACAAUAAAUAUGUUUAUAAUAUUGAUUUCCCCCAAUACAAUGGAUUACGAAUCAUCCAAGAAAUCAUUCUUGCAAUACCAAUGAUCCUCGCUGGCUUAGCAUUAAUGAAAGAAGAAGUUAAAAAGUGGGAAGGAUAUGAGAAGAUAGCUGAAAAAAUUGGUGAUAUUACAGAAAAACACCUAAUCUCAUUACUUGAUAUGUACAAACCAAAUCCUGAACCCGGAUUCAAUGUUCUUUGCCAUUCAGACAUUCAUAUUAAGAACAUGAUGUUUAUCAAGAAAAACACGGAUAUUGAUAAGAUACUCCUACUUGACUUUCAAAUGUGCUUCUGGGGCUCCCAAGCUGUAGAUCUGCUCCACUUUCUCUAUAGAAUUGGUGAUGCUUCAGUGCGACUACGACGCGGGGAAAUGGUUAGCAUUUACCACAACACAUUCACGGACUACCUAAACCAACUGGGGUGCCUAAGGCAGGGCCCAACGUUGCUUGAAUUAAAUAUCGAACUCCUAAAACUGGCCCCCUUAGAACUCAUCCUGGGCAUAUGGUGUCUUCCUAUGAAAAAUUUGGACUCCAGCAAAUUCGAUGCGGCGGCUCUUGAAAAUUCAACACCAGAAAUAUUUCCUAAUAUGCUAAAAAUAUUUUUAAAAACUCCUAGAAUUGUGGAAAUAUUCAAAGAAGUUCUUCUGCAACUUUACUACAAAGGAGCCUUGGGAUAAAAACUUCAUAUAGAGAAUCAAUUUUUAAUUUAAAAUCUAAUAUUUUAUCAAAUCUCUUUGUUUUUUGUGAGCUUUUUGGUGGUGGAAUAAUAAAUAAAUUAAUUAAUCUUCAACCAUUUUGUCUUCACGAUGAUUUUAAAAAUAAAAGGAUGCGCCAUAUGAUAUAUAAAAGAAAUUUUAUCUGGCUCAGAGUUGGGCAAUUUCAUGUAAAGUAUACAAAAAUGUAAAAGAAGAUGUAAAGAAUUUGUAAAAACUAUAUUUGAGUGAGAAAUGAGCGGAAAAAACCUAAAGUUUGAUUUUUCUUUGUUAAAACUAAUUUAAGUACAUAAUUAACUAAAAGUCUUUAAAUCAAAACGUUGUUUCACAUUAACGAAAAAAAUUAAUUUGUAAAAAGUUUGUUAAUUUUAUUAAAAGGUUUUAAAUUUCUUAAUAUGCAAAAUUGGUCAGGUACUUAUGUGGAAAAUCAUCUUUUAAAUUGAAACCCGUUAAAAUAUUAAAAAAAAGAAACUUAGGUUAAUAUUAAUAUGUAGAAAAUUUCCUUUUUGUAAAGAAACCGAUGAAAUAUCCUGGAUUUCAUUCUACUGAUGAUCUUAAAGUCCACUAAAUUAUUUUAAAAUUGAUACUUUUCUUAUUUCGAUUUGAGUUAAAAACUUAGAUAUAUUUUUCAUGGAGAAAACUUACAUUUUAAAGGUAAAAUGUUAAAGAUUUUUUUCAUAAGAAAAGAAUGGGAUGAAGAAAGGGAAUGAGGUCAAUUUCAACAAAAUUUCUUCUAAAUGGGGCUGAAAACAAUUUUUUCAAAUCUAGAAAUGAACUUUCCCAUAAAAGUAUGAGAAUUUACGAACCUUUAACAAAUUAAUUUUAUCUCUAUUUUUAAAACUUUUGAAUGAUGUUAAUAAAAUCAUAAAUGCAUAAAAAA